UGCGCUGUCAGGGAAUUCCGGUGUCGUGCGUGCUGACGUCAGGAGCUGAGGGGCGGUGCUACGCUGCGGAGAGACGAGAGAAGAGAGCGUGCGCCUCUGUAGCCGGGGCUGUGUGUCCCUUUAAAAAACCCCAGCGCAACUCGAUCCCUGCCUUAACUCACAGACACAGCUCUGUGCUCGCUAUAGAGAGCGGAGACUUACCCAACAGCAACAUUAAAUAUCAGCAGCACGCCCUCUGCGGAGAGACACAACAGACUUUUGGCGUUUAAACCGAAGGAUUUACGAAAAUAGACGACUUUGCGGAUUACUAUUGUUGUUAUUCAGCUGGUACAUUCAUCUGCACGCCAAGGAGAAGUUACGGAUAAACUGCGCUUGCGAUAUUCACCGAUCCCGUCUAACUUUUGGGAGCGCUAGCGGAGACGCAAGCUGAACGAGUUUUACUACUAAAGCAAUCUACGACCACAGAGUGAGCUGAGAUGAUCGACUGUUGGUGCUAAACCCUAAUUCUUCUGACGUUUGAGAAGUGGUGCUAGAUGCUUAUUUGAUAGUUGGCAGGGGUAGCAGUAAACAGCUUCUCCUUCUUGUUGGUGAGUGGUCCUCUCUGUUUUGCAGUGGAGGGCUUCACACUCACAGCUAGUGUGGCUGGAUGCAUCACACAGCAGAACAGUUCACCGGGUGCAGCACACGGGACCCUUUUCCUCUAGAUGGACUCAACCGGGGACCAUGGGCUCCCGUGAGCAGCCGUGCCUGGCCACCUCCCUCCAGGUGCUUGCCAGGUGUCAAUCAGCACCAGUUCCUCACCCAUAUGCCACCUAGUCACAUGACUGGGCUAAAUCAUCCUAGUAAAUUCUUAAACAAUGGUCCCCUACAUCGAGGAGAUAAGCAAGGCCUGUCUCAGGCUUUGUUGCCAGGAAUACAAAGGAUACCCCCUGCUCCUCCCAGGCCUUGGGAACCAACCAGAACUGGCCAGGGAUAUGAGCCAUUGCCUGGUGAUAACCACAACCGACUGCACAAUGGCUACAACGCAGGACCUCCUGCACACCUCACAGCUCGAGCCAGUCAACUACUGAAGUAUGGUGCUCCUCAGCUCUCAGCCCAUGGCUCACGGCCCAUGCCUUCAUUCCCUGAUAUGUGGACUCAACCUCAGACUCAGCAGCAACCCAGGGGACCUCAUUCUCAUUCUGGACAGUUAAAACGACCUGGGCCCCCUCUUGGAGAGCACUCUGUCAUUCAGCAUACCCCUGCUCCAUCUCUGCACCGGCCCAUGGAGGACUGCCCCAGUCCGAACAAGAGAAAGAAGAGCUCUGGGUCUGAACAGAUGCCUCAUUCCGCCAUGCAGCGCAUAUCCGGGCCGCCUGUACAUUUGAAUCAGCAGCCAUCCUCCAACUACCCCCCACCAAAACCUAGCUUUUGGAACCCAUUGCACAGAGGUGGAGCACCCUGGAACCCGAAUGAACACAAAAGCGGACCCAUUGAUUUCCAGGAUUCAGCUAAGUCAGGAAUUGGAAGCUUCCCCUAUAAACUGCCUCCCUUGAAUCCAUCAACCACGUCUUCACCCACCAUUCACAGCACAAGAGGCUACGAAGAAAGCAGGGGUCCUCCACCACAGUCCCACAAGACUGCUCAGUCACCACAGUCUCUGGGACCUUCACAGAACCCUCACAUCCACCAUUCUACAUACUCCUACCCCAACAUCAGACCUUCAGCCCAGACCCAAGUGGAACCACGUGGUACUACUUCACAAAGAGGACAUGAUUCUGCAUCGAGCUCUUUGAAUAAACAGGCUCCACCACCACCUACAUCCUCAUCAUCACCACGGGCAGAUGGGGAGCGCCCUGCACCCUCACCAGCAAACUACACCUCUGUGCCUUACAGUCACCCCCAAUUCCAGCCUCACCCAGGGCUGGUCCAUUCCAGCCCACCAGCCAGCAACCAGGCCCAGGACACCGUACCUCAGCACAACCCCCAUAAACCCUGGAGGAACCAGGAAUCACGUGACUUUUCAGCAAGAGGGGAUUCUCAGGUUGCCAAACGCCUUUCUCAGGCACCGAAUAGGCUUGCUGGGGGCGACCGGGGUCCAGGGACCCCCCAGCGUGUGAGCCCUCCUCAGGCCCCUGCUCGAAAACCUGUCAUUACCCCAAACCUAGAAACUCCUCGUCCACCUUGCUCUCUGGAACAUUACACCAAUUUUGGAAGCGUCCCUGCCACAAGCUCAGCACCCUCUACUGCCGCCUCCAUUCCCAGUACCCUGAGCAGCUGGAGAGCAAUGGAUUCUUCAGUGUUAAUCUCAAACCCAAACCAUGUAUCCAUGAUUGGUCAAAAUGUAACACAUCCAGGGUAUCAGGGUGUCCACCCUGGUGUUGAAACCCUUCCAAACCCACAUAGAGGGGCACAAUCUCGGAUUCAAUCCACUCUACCCCACACAGGACAAGGCAGACCUAACUACACCCCAGUGUCUUCUUCUCCCUCCACCCUAAACGCAGGUCUUCAGAGAUCAGGGGAGAGUGUAAUCACCAGCAAGACUUCUCAGCACUUCUUCAACACUCUCCCUCAAGUCAGUUCACCUUUACAUUGCCCUCAACCUCCAGAACACAUAAAAGUCAGCUCAGCCCUCAAGCCAAUUUCUAGUAAUUCAUACAACUCAGCACCCAUCCAAGCUUCCUCCUCAAUUUCUCAGGCAACUACUACUGUUCCGGCCCCAGUCUACCCAAGGUCCUGUUUGCAGCCUGCUGCCCCAAGCUCUCAGUCCAUUGUUGAUGCUUUGAAUAAACUUGAUGCAGAGCUGCAAGGCCACAUGCAAGCAGAAGAGAGAAGGAGAGACCAGAAUGAAGAGAGAAAACGGAAUGUAGAAAGACAAGAAAUGGAGACAAAGCCACACGGUGAGUCUGCCAUCAAGUGUCUGGAACGUUUGCUGUCAGGUAGUGCAGCCGAGUCUCCACCUCCUUGUUUGUCUCCAGCCAAUGCACUCUCCUCCAUCUCACCUCCUAGCCAGAAUUCACCACCUUAUCCCUGGUUGAGUCGGGGAGGAGUGCCCCCACGUUUUUCUGGAACUGCAGCAAACGUUAUGGAACGGUCACAACCACCUCCCCUCACCCCCCAGACAGAAUAUGCCCGUGAGAAGCAAAGGCAAAGAGAGAAAUGGAAGAGUUGCGCACCGUCUCAGAAUUCCACUGGGAAUCCCACAUACCCCUCAGAGUCAGGUCUCAUCAGCCCCUCCGACAACCACAGCCACACCAUGCAAUUGAAACCUGACCCAUCCAAAGAUGUCAAAAUUUUGAAAACCUCUCAUAAUGCUGAGAUUAUAAAUGCAAUUCCCAACCCUCCACCCCUGCGAGAGCCACCCAAACUUUACCAGGCUUUCCCCAAGGAUGUUCGCUCUUCAUGCACACCUAUCAGCACGACUACAAGCAGCCUUCAAAAACAUAUGCCCAGUACAGGACUUGGUAGUUUGGGUAGCAGUUCUAGAAGUUGCAGUGGUGACUCUGAUGGUGCCCAAUUUGAGGAGGAAACUUCUGAGCUCUUGCCUGAUGGAUUGGCUAAUAUUAUGAAGAUGCUGGAUGAGUCCAUCAGGAAAGAGGAGGAGUUGUAUUCUGGCCAGAGCAGAGAACAGGCAGUACCGAAACCUCUGUUUUCUACAAAUGUGGCACCUAUUAAGAGUUAUUUGUGUGCACCAGACCUCAUGCCUGCCCUAAAGCAAUCUCCAACUGAGGGUUAUCAGCCAGAUGGCCAUGCAAGCCCACCUGUGUUAAGUCGGCAAGGUUCACUGGCAUCUCCUUGUAGUCGUACUUCUUCACUUGAGGAAGAAGAGGAGGUUCUUAAGGUCAUUCCCAAGCCUGCAAAUUCCAUUAGCAUGCAGUCUCAAGAAAGCAAUCUUGCCACAACAGGAACCAACUAUCGCCAUAGUGACCUGGCCAAGCUGUAUGGCCUUCCAGAGGUAGAGAAAAGUGAGUGUGAGGAUGAUGAUGAAGUGGAUCGGGAUGAAGAUGAAACUCCAUCCUGUUCACCACCACCACAGCGGCCACACCUCCAUCAGACAGGUGUGAACAGCAUGUUUAAAAACCUUGCAUCUGUACUUGAGAGCCAGAAGUACACCUACCGAGGUGGACCCUUUGGUCGUCCUCCUCCCUCUGCUUUUAUGGGAGUGAAGUACUCUUCAUCUCUUUCUCUGGAGCCUGACAUUUGCAGACAACAACAAAGCACUUCUCCCACAUCAGGUUCAUCCAAUCACCCAGGUUUUAGCAGUCCAACGCAACCCUCUGCCAUUAGUAACUCAGGACAGCCCUGUCCCCUCUCACCUACAGAUUGGGCAUCAGAGAGGAAGAGAGGGGAUAAGAUUAGCCAGUCAGAUUUUUUGGGCGAUGAUUAUGAGGAAGAUAUUUCAGAGGAAUCCACAGGAGAGAAGGAUUCUGGAACUGUGAAAGACUUGUUUAAAAAUCGACCAAUACUGACCACCAUCUCAGAGUCUUCACUAGCGGAGCUUGGUCAUAGCUAUGAGGUGAACAAACACGUACUUCCUCAAAGGCAGAGCUCUAAGGCAGAGUCACAGGAGACAUGCAAACCUGAUAAAGAAAAGGACCGACACAGAGACAGAGAACGAGAGAGGAAACACAAACACAGUAGCAAAAAACAUGAGGACAGGAAAGAGAGAAAGAAAAAGCACAGAGAAAGACACGGUGAUGUGUCUCUUUCCUCAUCCUCAUCUUCCAGCUCCAGUCGACGGCACAAGGACGGAAAGUCACACAAGGAAAAAAAGAGCAGGCAGGUACUGGGUAACCUGGACCUUCAGAGUAAGGAGUUUAGGGAGAAGGAACAAGACUGUGACGGAGACAAGAAGAGAAGGAAGGAGGAAUGUAGCCAACCCCAGAGCGAAGGAGAAGAGUGGGCACGCAGUAAAGACGAGGGCGCCAGCUCUGGACGUUCGUCUGAUCUCCCAUCAGCUUCUUCAGCAUUAUGUUCUGAUGACUUUCAGAAACUGAGAGCACUGACAGAUGGGCCACCCAAAGAACUGAAGAUACGCCUCAUAAAGGUGGAGAGUGGGAACAGGGAGACAUUUAUUGCUUCAGAGGUAGAGGAGAGAAGGAUUCCUCUGGAGGAAAUCACCAUAAAGAACACAGCUAGUGAAAUCAUCAGAGCCUGCAAGGGGGCUCACGUGAAGGGGAAAUUUAAGGAAUCGUUCCUCCUACCUGCCCUCUCUGUUAAACCAGUUUUGACCACAGAACUGCCCAUCCCUCGAGAGAAACUCAACCCCCCCACACCUAGCAUCUAUUUGGAAAGUAAAAGAGAUGCACUCUCUCCGGUCCUGCUACAGUUCUGCACGGAUUCUAAGAACCCCAUUACUGUCAUCCGGGGAUUAGCUGGCUCCCUUAGAUUAAAUCUUGGUCUGUUUUCCACAAAAUCUUUGGUGGAGGCAAAUGCGGAGCAUGCAGUAGAGGUCCGGACCCAGGUCCAGCAGCCAGCUGAUGAGAACUGGGAUCCCAGCGGCACUGGCCAGACCUGGCCCUGCGAGAGCAGCAGGUCGCAUACAACAAUUGCCAAGUAUGCCCAGUACCAGGCCUCCAGCUUCCAAGAGAGCUUACAGGAAGAGAAGGGCAGUGAUGACGAGGAUGAUGAUGAUGAAGAUGAGAAAUCAGCCACUAACUCUGAGAAUACAACCAGUAGCUCCUCAGCUCCCAGCUCCAGUUUAGAGCAGAAAACUGUGGGGAAGAUAAUCAAAUUUGGCACCAACAUUGACCUGUCCGAUCCAAAAAGAUGGAAGCCUCAGCUGCAGGAACUGCAGAAGUUGCCGGCGUUUAUGCGUGUGUCCUCCAGUGGGAAUAUGCUGAGUCAUGUUGGCCACACCAUUUUGGGAAUGAAUACAGUGCAACUCUACAUGAAAGUCCCUGGCUGCCGCACACCAGGACACCAGGAGAACAAUAACUUCUGUUCCGUAAACAUCAAUAUUGGGCCUGGAGACUGUGAGUGGUUUGCUGUUCAUGACAACUACUGGGAGGCCAUCAGUGAUUUCUGUGAAAAGCAUGGAGUCGACUACCUGACAGGAUCAUGGUGGCCGGUUCUGGAUGACUUGUACCGCGCUAACAUCCCUGUGUACCGGUUCAUCCAAAGACCAGGAGACCUGGUAUGGAUCAACGCAGGCACUGUACACUGGGUUCAGGCCGUGGGCUGGUGCAACAACAUUGCUUGGAAUGUGGGACCCGUCACCUCUUAUCAGUACCAGUUGGCUUUAGAGAGAUUUGAGUGGAACGAAGUGAAGAAAGUCAAAUCCAUCGUUCCCAUGAUUCACGUAUCCUGGAACGUGGCACGGAACGUCAAAGUCACUGACCCAGACACUUACAAGAUGAUCAAACACUGUCUCCUCCAGUCUAUUAAGCACAUUCAGAUUCUGAGGGACCAGCUAGUGGCAGGAGGAAAGAAGAUUUCCUACCAGAGCAGAGUGAAGGAUGAGCCGGCCUACUACUGUAAUGAGUGUGAUGUGGAGGUGUUUAACCUGCUGUUUGUGACCAGUGAGAAUGGCAGUCGGAAGAUGUAUGUGGUGCACUGUGAGGACUGUGCACGACAACGCAACCCAAACCUCUCCAAUGUAGUAGUGCUGGAGCAAUGCCGCAUGGAGGAGCUCAUGAGUGUGUACGACUCUUUCAGCCUGACUACCAGUUCCAGCUCCCGAUGAGGACGUCUCAUCCCUUGCCCUCACACAGCCAUAACCAAAACUCCUGUUCGCAGGACAAGAUCUUUUAUUUUAGUCCAGUUAAGACUUAAAACAUUUACCGUUGGGAAAAAAAAAUACUACUGUUAAUAUUUGUUGAACAGCCAAUCCAGAACCAGUUUACUCAGCAUUGUUUACAGAACCAAUCAGCCAAUAAAUUCGAUAGAAUAAAUUCUGAGGGUCUUGUGUACCAACCCCUGUAUGGCUCUGCGGGACUUCAAGUGGAACUCAGUUUGGUGCUGUCAUGGCUUACAACGGCAGAGUUGCCGAGAUCCUGUCCGUUUGGGUUUUGUUCUGAAUUUUUUUUCUCUCUCUCUUUUUUGGGGAUAUUGAAUACUGAAAUGUGUAAAUGCUCUUUGUAUUUUUCGUGGGUGCUUUUUUCUUCAAUAAUUUAUUCUUUUUAAACCUAGAACAGCCUAGAUAUAUACCACAUUGGCCUUGUGACUUGUAUUUAGUGAAGAGAUAA